AUGUAUACGUUAUUCUUAUACAAGAACACAAAACUCAAUUUAAAUGUAUUUAAAAACGCAAGAAAUGGACGCGAUUUUACGGGUAAAGUAGUGUUAGUGACGGGUUCGAGCUCCGGGAUCGGGGAGGGAAUCGUUAAGCUAUUCUCGGCUCUCGGGGCCAAUGUUGUGGUCACCGGACGUAAUGCGGAUCGAGUGAAACGUGUGGCCCAAGAAGCACAACAAUUGUCGCCCAAAAAACUUAAACCGUUGGCUAUUGUAGCCGAUGUGACCAAAAACGGAGAUUUAAACAAUUUGUUAAAUCAAACUAUAAAAACAUUUGGUAAAUUAGAUGUGUUGGUCAACAGCGCAGGAUUGGGCAUAUUUUCACCCGUAAAGGAUCCCAACUUUAUGAAAGUGUUCGACACUUUAAUUAAGGUUAAUCUGAGGGCUUACUUAAGGUUAACCCAUUUGGCGGUCCCUUAUUUAGAAGCAACAAACGGCACUAUUAUCAGUAUAUCCGCCGUCAUGGGAAUGGUUCCGAUGAAAUAUAGCACCGCUUACGCCAUAUCGAAAGCUGGCGGCGAUAUCAUGACCCGAACACUGGCCCUGGAAUUGGGGCCCAGAAUACGCGUGAAUGCAAUCAACCCAGGAGUGACCGCAACCAACUUUGACAGAAACAGUGGGUUAGAUGCGGAAACUGUGGAUAUGUUUCGGCAACAAAUACUUAAACGCAUACCAAUGGGAAUGACUGGUCAGCCCCUGGAUGUGGCCAAUGCUGCGGUAUUUUUGGCCUCAAAGGACGCGCAGUAUAUAACGGGCGCUAAUCUAGUCGUCGACGGAGGGGUUACUUAUAACUCGGGCGGCAUUUUAUAA